AUGGCUUCUGAAAAAGAUCCACUAGUUAGCGAAAGAUCGGGAACCGUACGAGAAGUUGGCAAUCAUGCAAUUUGGAGUUUAUCAUCUUGUAAACCAGGAUUUGGUAUAGAUCAGUUGAGAGAUGACUGCAUGGAAACUUAUUGGCAGUCUGACGGUCAGCUACCUCACUUGGUGAACAUUCAGUUUCAAAGGAAAACAAUGGUCUCCCAUAUCUACAUAUACACAGAUUACAAGCUUGAUGAAAGCUAUACGCCUAGCCGAAUAUCCAUACGAGCAGGAACACAUUUCAAUGAUUUGCAAGAAAUUGAAGUGAUUGAGCUAAUUGAACCUAGUGGUUGGGAAAUGAUACCAAUUAAGGAUAUUCACGACAGGCCAAUAAGAACCUACAUGAUACAAAUAGCUGUACUCAGUAACCAUCAAAAUGGAAGAGACACACAUAUGCGGCAGAUAAAAAUUCAUUCACCUUGUGAACCGACAUCAUUUGAUAUUAACAAGUUCAGAAAUUUCUCUACAGUACAGUUUCAACAAUAUGCUACUAUACGCUAG